AUGUUACGUCCGCUUCUCCUCUCGCUGGCGGUGCAAAGCCUGGUCACCGGCACCAUCGCCAGCCCCAACCCUCACCCCCACGCCUCACACCUCCACGAACGAGACACGGAGUUCGACUAUAUCGUCGUCGGCGGAGGAACGGGCGGGAUUACCAUCGCCACGAGACUGGCGCAGAACAAAUUCAAGGUUGCCUUGAUCGAGGCCGGUGGCAUGUAUGAGCUCGAGUCCGUCGCUGAGGUGCCCGCCGCCGACGUGCUCCCCGUCGGAUCGGACCCCGCAACCAUCGCCGCCCAGGACUGGGGCUUUGUUGCGGAGGAUGUCCCCGGUGCGAAUGGCCGGUCCAUUCACUAUGCGCGGGGGAAGUGUCUGGGUGGAUCCUCAGCCAUGAACUUCAUGAUUUACCAACGUCCUACCAUCGAGUCCAUGCAGCAAUGGGCCACCACCGUCAAUGACAGCAGCUACACCUUCGAGAACACGCUGCCCUACUACAAGAAGAGCGUCAAGUUCACCCCUCCCAACACCUCGCUGCGAUCCAAGAAUGCCACGACCGGCUAUGAUGCCAGCGCGUACGAGUCCACUGGCGGCCCGCUGAAAGUCUCGUACUCGAACUAUGCCAUGCCCUUCUCCACCUGGAUGGACCUCGGCAUGCAGGCCAUCGGCAUCAAGGAGAUCGAGGACUUCAACCUGGGAUCCCUGCUCGGCUGCCAGUGGUGCGCCUCCACCAUCGACCCCAGCAGCGAGUUCCGCAGUAGCUCCCAGGCCUCCUUCCUGUCCGAUAUCACCCCCAGCACCCUGACCACGUACUCGAACACCCUCGCCAAGAAGAUUAUCUUCAAUGAUCAGAAGCAGGCCACCGGCGUGCAGGUCAAGGGCUCCUGGGGCAUAAUUUCCACCCUCACGGCCAAGAAGGAGGUCAUCGUGUCGGCCGGAGUCUUCCAGUCCCCUCAGCUCUUGAUGGUCUCCGGCAUCGGUCCCCAGGAUAUCCUCGAGGAGCAUGGUAUCCCUGUCAUUGCCAACCGCCCCGGUGUGGGCCAAAACAUGUGGGAUCACCCGUUCUUUGCCCCCUCUUACCGCGUCCAGGUCCAGACCUUCACCGCCAUCGCCAACAACAUCCUCGGCAUCAUCGGCGAGUUCCUCGGCAUGAUCACCGUGAAGACUGGACCUCUGACUAACCCCAUCGCCGAUUACCUGGCCUGGGAGAAGAUCCCUGCGACGCUGCGGUCCGCCUUCAGCAGCGAGACCACGAAGCAGCUGGCCGCCUUCCCCAGUGACUGGCCCGAAGCGGAGUACAUCUCCGGCGCCGGCUUUAUCGGCAACAUGUCCAACCUGCUUACCAACCAGCCCAAGGACGGCUAUCAGUACGCCUCCAUGUUGGCCGUGCUCAUCACCCCGACCUCCCGCGGCAACGUCACCCUCAAGUCGGCCGAUACCUCCGAUCUGCCUAUUAUCAACCCUAACUGGCUGGACACUGAGGCGGAUCAGCAGGUUGCUAUCGCGAUGUUCAAGCGCGUUCGUGAGGCCUUCCAGAGCAGCGCCAUGGCGCCCGUCAUUAUCGGGGAGGAGUACAACCCCGGUCUACAGGUGCAGUCCGACGAGGAUAUCCUCCAGUUUAUCAAGGACAACGUCAUGACCCUGUGGCACGCCUCCUGCACCUGCAAGAUGGGUCUGGAGAGCGACGAUAUGGCGGUUGUGGAUAGCCAGGCCCGCGUGUAUGGCGUCGAGGGGGUGCGCGUCGUGGAUGCCAGUGCCUUCCCCUUCCUCCCUCCGGGACAUCCCCAGUCGACAGUUUACAUGUUGGCGGAGAAGAUCGCCGAAGAGAUCAUCAACGGGUCGUCCUAG